AUGGCGACGCAGGUCAUUACGAACUCGGGUCACGAUGACAUGAUUCACGAUGCAGUCCUUGACUACUAUGGCCGGAAACUCGCCACCUGCUCGAGCGACCGCACCAUCAAGAUCUUCGAAAUCGAGGGCGAGACGCAGCGGCUGAUAGAAACACUCAAGGGACACGAAGGCGCCGUCUGGUGCGUCGCCUGGGCGCACCCCAAGUACGGCAACAUCCUCGCCUCGGCGGGCUACGACGGCAAGGUCUUCAUCUGGAAGGAGCAGGCCGGCGGCGGCAGCGUCAGCGGUCCCCAGGGCGGCGUCGGGGGCGGCGCGCCCGGCCAGUGGCAGCGCAUCUACGACUUCCCGCUGCACAAGGCGUCGGUCAACAUCGUGGCCUGGUCCCCGCACGAGGCCGGCUGCCUCCUCGCGUGCGCCUCGUCCGACGGCAGCGUCAGUGUCCUCGAGUUCAAGGACAACGCCGUCGACCACACCACCUUUGCCGCGCACGGCCUCGGCGUCAACUCGGUCUCGUGGGCCCCCGCCACCUCUCCCGGCAGCAUCGUCAGCAGCGCCCCCGGCCCCGGCGCCGUCGGCAACCGCCGCUUCGUCACCGGCGGCUCCGACAACCUCCUCAAGAUCUGGGCCUUCGACCCGGCCUCCCAGUCGUACAAGCAGGAGCGCGAGCCCCUCGCCGGCCACGCAGACUGGGUCCGCGACGUCGCCUGGUCCCCCACCGUCCUGCAGAAGUCGUACAUCGCCUCCGCCUCCCAGGACAAGACGGUCCGCAUCUGGACCUCGGAUGCCGCCUCCGCCGGCCAGUGGGACUGCAAGGUCCUCAACUUCGAGGCCGCCGUCUGGCGCGUCAGCUGGUCCCUCAGCGGCAACGUCCUGGCCGUCAGCGGCGCCGACAACAAGGUCACGCUGUGGAAGGAGAACCUCCGCGGCGAGUGGGAGUGCGUCAAGUCCAUCGAGGAAUGA